CCGGAAGUGCUUAUAUUUCUACGCUUAGCGUAGCAUCGACGUCGCUAGUUUGGGACAAAAUGUUUAGUUUUGUGGUUUAAAGAGACAAUUUGUUUGUAUUUUGACCGUCGAGUGGGUGACCCUUAAGGGGAUAUAACGUCGAGAUGAUUCCCACGGAGGACGCGUCAGCCAGGAAGAGAGAAAUUGAGGAGAAACUGAAGCAGGAACAAGAGACGCUGUCGUUCAUCCGCGAGAACCUGGAGAAGAGCGAGCAGCUGACCAAUGGCAUGGUGUCCAUCCUGUCCUCCUUCGAGAGCCGCCUGAUGCAGCUGGAGAACUCCAUCAUUCCCGUCCACAAGCAGACGGAGAACCUCCAGCGCCUGCAGGACAACGUGGACAAGACCCUGUCCUGCAUGGACCACGUCAUCAGCUACUACCACGUGGCCAAGGACACCGACCGCAUCAUCCGGGAGGGACCGACGGGCCGACUGGACGAGUACCUGGCCUGCAUGGCCAAGAUCCAGAAGGCGGUGGAAUACUUCCAGGACAACAACCCCGACAGUCCAGAACUCAACACAGUGAAAGCCCGCUUCGAGCGCGGCAAAGAGUUGCUGGAGGCGGAGUUCCGCAGCCUCCUGACCCGCUACAGCAAGCCGGUUCCGCCCAUCCUCAUCCUGGACGCCAUCAGCGUGGACGAGGAGCUGGAGGUCCAGGAGGACGUGGUCCUGGAACACCUGCCCGAAGCCCGGCUCCAGGAGAUCAUCUGCAUCGCCGGCUGGCUGGUGGAAUACGGACGGAACCAAGAUUUCAUGACGGUCUACUUCCAGAUCCGGUCCAGUCAGCUGGAUCGCUCCAUCAAGGGCCUGAAGGAGCACUUCCGCAAGAACAGCGCCUCCUCCGGAGUCCUCUACUCGCCGGCGGUCCAAGCCAAGCGCAAAGACACGCCCACCAAGAAGGUUCCCAAGAGGCCAGGGACCAUUCGCAAGGCCCAGAACCUUCUGAAACAAUACUCCCAACAUGUGGAUGGCAAGAAGGCCGCUUCUAACCUCACUCCUUUGGAAGGUUACGACCACGACCUGCGGGUCAGACACCUGGCCGACGCCCUGGCCGACAAGGGCUCCACAGGUAAAGAGGACGUGCUGGACAUCGAGAUGGACUCCUACAUCCACGCCAUCAGCGCCUUCAUCAAGCUGGCGCAGAGCGAGUACGCCCUCCUGGCGGAGGUCAUCCCCGAGCACCACCAGAAGAAGACCUUCGACUCGCUCAUCCAGGAGGCGCUGGACAACCUGAUGCUGGAGGGGGACAACAUCGUGUCGGCGGCCCGCCGCGCCAUCCUGCGCCACGACUACUCGGCCGUGCUCACCAUCUUCCCCAUCCUGCGACACCUCAAGGUCAACAAGUCCGACUUUGACGCCACGCUGCAGGGCACGGCGGCCAGCACCAAGAACAAACUGCCCACGCUCAUCACCUCCAUGGAGACCAUCGGCGCCAAAGCCCUGGAGGAGUUUGCAGACAGCAUCAAGAACGACCCCGACAAGGAGUACAACAUGCCGAAGGACGGCACCGUGCACGAACUGACCAGCAACGCCAUCCUCUUCCUGCAGCAGCUGCUGGACUUCCACGAGACCGCCGGUGCCAUGUUGGCCUCGCAAGUACUGGGGGACACUUACAAUAUCCCUUUAGACCCCCGAGAGUCCAGUUCAUCAGCCAGCAGCUACACAUCAGACUUCAACAAGCGUCUGCUCAGCACCUACAUAUGUAAAGUUCUGGGGAACCUCCAACUGAACCUCCUGAGCAAGUCCAAAGUGUACGAGGAUUCAGCUCUGAGCGCCAUCUUCCUGCACAACAACUACAACUACAUCCUCAAGUCUCUGGAGAAGUCAGAGCUGAUCCACUUAGUGACUGUGACCCAGAAGCAUGCAGAAGGUUCCUACAGAGAACUGAUCCAGCAGCAGAUCCACCUGUACCAACGCAGCUGGGUGAAAGUGACGGAGCACCUGACAGAGCGCAACAUGCCCGCCUUCCAGCCCGGCGCCAAGCUGAAGGACAAAGAGCGGCAAGUCAUCAAGGACAAGUUCAAGGGUUUCAACGAGGGUCUGGAGGAACUGUGCAAGAUCCAGAAGGGCUGGGCCAUCCCGGACAAGGAGCAGCGAGACUUCAUCCGACACGCCCAGAGGGACGUGGUGUCUGACGCCUACAGGAGUUACCUGCACAGGUGCGCCAACAUCUCCUUCACCAAGAACCCAGAAAAGUACCACAAGUAUCGGCCCGAGGAAGUGGAGGACAUGAUCGAGAGGCUCUUCGACACCUCCGCUUAAGCCCCGCCCCCACUGUUACCUGCCAUGUGUGCGUGCGUGAUGGAAUCAUGGAAAUAUUAAAGGCAAGUGUUUUGUUGCUAA